ACGGCAACUCCGGAGUUGUUCAGAGGCAGGUAAACAAAAUGGCGGCUGCCUAACAACUGAACUCCUUGCAGGAGGAGGGAGGUGAGGCGAUGCUGCAUGGAGCGGAACAACGACAACAGCAGCCAGAGGAGCCCGAGGAAUCCGAGUCGAUCCUGGCGCCUUUCAGAGACUAUGUCGAGAUGGACGAGGUCAUUGACUACAUCAGUGACAACGACCUCAUGGGAGUGGACACUUUCAUCCACAGGAUAGACUCCACUGACGUGAUCUACCAGCCGAGGAAGAAAAGGGCCAAAAUCAUCGGAAAGUACCUAAUGGGCGACCUCCUGGGAGAGGGUUCCUACGGCAAAGUCAAGGAGAUGCUGGACUCUGAGACACUGUGCAGGAGGGCCGUGAAAAUCCUCAAGAAGAAAAAGCUGAGGAGGAUCCCGAACGGGGAAGCGAAUGUGAAAAAGGAAAUCCAGUUGCUCAGGAGACUACGACACAAAAAUGUAAUCCAGUUGGUAGAUGUGCUAUAUAAUGAAGAAAAGCAAAAAAUGUAUAUGGUAAUGGAGUAUUGCGUGUGUGGAAUGCAAGAAAUGUUGGACAGUGUCACAGACAAGAAAUUCCCAGUAUUUCAAGCUCAUGGGUACUUCUGCCAAUUGAUUGAUGGUCUAGAAUAUUUGCACAGUCAAGGAAUAGUCCACAAAGAUAUUAAACCAGGCAACCUACUGCUAACAACGGAUGGCACUUUGAAAAUCUCGGACCUAGGAGUAGCUGAAGCAUUACACCCUUUUGCAGAGGAUGACACAUGUAGAACUAGUCAAGGGUCACCAGCAUUCCAACCUCCAGAAAUCGCAAAUGGCCUUGAUACGUUUUCGGGGUUUAAGGUGGAUAUUUGGUCUGCAGGGGUGACAUUGUACAAUAUUACAACAGGACUUUAUCCAUUUGAGGGGGAUAACAUCUACAAAUUGUUUGAAAACAUAGGGAAAGGGGAGUACACCAUUCCAGAAGAUUGUGGACUGUUGCUGUCCGAUUUACUGCAAGGAAUGCUUGAAUAUGAUCCUGUGAAAAGAUUUUCAAUACAACAAAUCAGACAGCACAAGUAAGUUUUGUUGCAUCAGUCAAAUUUAACAUGAAUUAGUAAAAACUCAAUUCCUCAUAAUAAUCUUCUUUUGGAGACGUUAGAUACAUUGGCAGAAAAAUGCUUGUGUGCAUACUUCGUGACAGCGUUGGUGCUUAUUCGUAGUUUGAAUACAUUUUUAGGUUGGUUCUCACGACUUUAUACAUCACU